AGCUCACUGGUGGCUCUUCCGGGUUGUCGUUUGCCGUGUGAGAGUUCACAGGGCAUGCAGAGGUCGUGUUGUGCUUUUGCUUUCAGCUUUUAUGCUUUUAGCCAGCCGUGACCAGUGAUGUGAUGGCUUUCCUCAGUUUGUUCAUGAGACGGCAGUUGCCGCCGGUAGUGUCCCACUUCGCCCGGGUCGUGAAGCUGGUCCGGCCUCCCAGUGCCGGAGCCCCUCUGCGGAGGCUUCACGGCUCGGCCCGGCUGCGGAGUUCGGAUAAGGGACCGUGGGGGAAGAGCCGGGGGCCGGAGCAGCAGCAGCUGCAGCUGACAGACCUCGACAAGGCGGACGCGAUGAUGCUGAGGAAGUCUCACGAAACAGGAUUCCUCUCAUGGUUCAGGAACGGCCUGCUGGCGACAGGGAUCGGAGUCAUUGCAUUUGUCCAGAGUGAAGUUGGACGAGAAGCAGCAUAUGCCUUUUUUAUCCUGGGAGGAGUGUGUGUGUCGUUUGGCGGUGCCUCGUACAUCGGCAGCCUUUUUGCCUUGCGGAGGAUGAUGCUGCUGUCUGUGCCAGCGUUUCUGCUCCAAAGCGCUGUGGUGGGCAGUGUCGCCCUCUUCUGGCUGUGCGCUGUAUCUCUCUACAUCGGCCGGCUGGAGGUGGAGAUCAUCCACGAGGACGAGGAGGAGGAUGAGGAAGAAUGCCGGGAGUGCCGUGAGAGGCGUGAACACAGAGGGUACCGCGGCUCCCAUGACAGCAGACAACAUGACACUGAGGACAGUGACAGCAAGGGGUCAAACAAGUAGAGUGUAAAGGAGUGUGUGCUGCUUUGAAGUAGGGUUUCCCCUUGUUCAUAUGUGUGUGUGUGUGUGUGUGUGCGCGCGCAAGCAAGCCUGCAUGUUUAUGUGUAGGCAGUAUGUGAGGCUAUAGAUACAAACCUGUUAUUCAUGAUGUGAAGAUGAAGAAAGACUUUUAGACCUUUUGGAAAACCGGUCAGAGAAAAAGCAGAAACAUUGUUAGUAAUUUGGUAGUUUGACUGCAUUCACUUGAGGUGAAUAAAUCAGCUUUUUUGUAAGAUUUCUUAUAAUCAGAUAUAUUCAACACUGCUUCACUUACAUUAUCAAUCUGUCUGAAAUGUGUGUUUUUAUUGUAUUAUUUUUUACAUUCACAGACACACUGCAAAGCCUCAUUGAGAACGUCACAUAUUUGUAAGUUUACUUUUCAUGGCACUGUAUGCAAUCAUUUUUAGGCCAUUUAUUAGGCUUUUUCUCAGCCAACUGUUGUUGUCUUAUCAUCUUGUUCAACAUAAAUAAUAAUGUGAUUGACUACUUGAAGUUUUCGUAAAAGUCUUGAAAUAAAACAAGCUGGUGGUUAUAUGCUGUGACAUCUUGACAGAAUGGACAUAUUUUGUGCAUGGUUCAGGUUCUGUGUCUGUUCUUUAUUUUAAAUUGCAACUCAAUGAGGGCUAAGAAUUUAUUUUUUACAGAGGUUUUAAUUUACCCUGUAAAGUAAACUUUUUAUUUUUUAUUUUGAUAAGGGCAACAGCACUUUUGUCAGUUUUUUUUUUUGGUUAUAGUAGAUCUAGACUUUUGGAAACAAAGAGUAUUUUUCACAGCUUAUUCUGUGGUUAUAUUUUUUGUGUUGUAUUGUUGAAACAUAUGUACAGUACCUAAAUGUAACCAUGAGCUAUUUUACCUUUUGAUUGAAUUUCACACUGUCUGGUCAUCAAUAUAAUUACUGUUUUAAUGGUGGUAAAGAAUAGCUAAAGAAAAGUUGGUAAUAUUUAGUUUGUAUGUGGGAGUGGGGUUCACUAUUGUUUACUUUUCUUUGCAUUUGCACCACUUCCAAUGCACCUUACUGUACAUACAGUAAUAAAGCGACAGCAACAGUCAAAAAGC